ACCAGCCUUGCAAGAUGCACUUAGGACCCCCGCGGCUGGAAGAAUGAGCCUGUCCUUCUUCCUCCUCUUCUUCCUCAGCCACCUGAUCCUCAGCGCCUGGGCUCUCGGGGAGAAGCACCUCGCCCCCAAAGGGCAACCAGGACCUCCUACCACUGCCAGGAGCCCAGAAGGCACUAGUGCCGCCCCGAACUGCAGCAGCGCAACGCCUGCCUCUUCUGCCUCUUCUUCUCCCGCGGGUUCGCUGAGCAGCCAAGGAAGCGGCUUGGAACAGAGCAGUUUCCAGUGGAGCCCCUCGGGGCGCCGAACCGGCAGCCUCUACUGCAGGGUGGGCAUCGGUUUCCAUCUGCAGAUCCACCCGGAUGGCAAAGUCAAUGGAUCCCACGAAGCCAGUAUGUUAAGUAUUUUGGAAAUAUUUGCUGUGUCUCAGGGGAUUGUAGGAAUACGAGGAGUUUUCAGCAACAAAUUUUUAGCGAUGUCAAAAAAAGGAAAACUCCAUGCAAGUGCCAAAUUUACAGAUGACUGCAAAUUCAGGGAGAGAUUUCAAGAGAACAGCUACAAUACCUAUGCCUCAGCGAUACACAGAACUGAAAAGACAGGACGUGAGUGGUAUGUGGCUCUGAAUAAAAGAGGGAAAGCUAAGCGAGGCUGCAGCCCACGGGUCAAACCUCAACACAUUUCUACUCAUUUUUUGCCAAGAUUCAAGCAGUCGGAGCAGCCAGAACUUUCUUUCACAGUUACUGUUCCUGAAAAGAAAAAACCACCUAACCCUAUCAAGCCAAAGGUUCCCCUUUCUGCACCAAGGAAAAGUCCCAACACAGUGAAAUACAGACUCAAGUUUCGCUUUGGAUAACAUUCAGUUUGUCCUUGUGAGAA